UUCACAGAAGCCACCCGGUGUUCAGUUCUUGGCCGAGGGCUGCGGGAUGCGGAACUUGGACAUUUCAAUCUCAGCCUCAAAGUAGCUCGUCUGGUUGUAGCUAAAGUAUUCCGGCACCUUGUACGUUCCGGUCCGUUCCGCUCCCGGGCCAACUGGGCCAUCCUUCUUCGCAACACACCGCGAGCUUAGCCCAGGAACAUCGGCUGGCGCUGCUGCCGGAGCGGCUGGCCCCUUGGGACCGGCGGAGGACGACGAUGGGGCACUGUAAGCGCGGGCGGCUACCAGCUUAACGAGAAUGUCGUUUUUCAGCAAAAUUUGUCGGAUCAUCUCGGGGCAGGGCUUUAUUUUCACGAUUAAUGCGAGUCGUGCGACGAACCAGCUGCGACGGCAGAAAGGAAAUCAAAACAUUGAUUAUCCAAUCCAGAGCGACGUUCGUUGACGGAUGAUGCACGGCACCAGAACCGGGUUGGCCAGCGGACAUGGUCAUAGACAUUCGUGUGACAUUUUGCCGAAGGGAUAUCAGGAAAAAGUUCAAUAUUUUGAAGGAGCAUAAAUCAUUUAUUUUGAAGCAAUUGUGUUCCUGCUAAAUAAAAAAAAUCGCUCUUUUCGGUUGGAAACAACUAACGAUCUGGUAUAAGCGAAAUGAUUUAAAAAAUGAAUUCAUUAAUACUAGGUAUUACAUUGAAUAGAAAGUUCCAUUUUUGAAAAGUGAGCCUAGCUGCGUUUCUUCAAAAAAAAAAAAAAAACUCCUCUGCACAUCUAAUGUAAUUCACAUGAGCGUUAGCAUACCAGCUUGUUUAAUCUUGAGUGCAGUCACAAUUAAAAAUAUAAAAUACAACACAUACCAAGAAGGAAAGGACAUUACGAACCAACACAAACACAUUCCUCACGCUGGAAGUCGAUAAACAUUAUUUUAAAAAGCAAAGAAAACAGGAUGCACAGACAGCUGGCCAAUGUAAACUGUUUACACCCUUGCUCUUAACCUCGUGGUAGGCAUGGUGACGACGAUGAUGGUGGCGCUGAUGACGAUGAUGAUGGUUGUCCAUAAUGUCGUCGUACGUCGCGUAUUGUGUGGAUUAUUCGAGUCGGGUUAAUUUUGUGAAUUCGCCAUCGCCUCAAAACGUGCCCUAGCCGCGUGUGUUGAGUGAAAUUGUGCGGUGCAGCGUUCGGUGCGCGUAAAGCGAAUAGCGCAACAAACAAAUUCGAAUCCGACCAUGUGGUGCUGAGAAAAAUAACAUCCAUCCAGUUGGUGCGUAAAACGUGUGCGUGUGUGUGUGUGUGCAUGUGUGUUAUUUCGUUUGAUGACGGGUUUCAGUAAACCUCUCCUUUCCUUAUCAGCUGUUGCGCUGCAGUGAAGGAUAAGCAGAUAACAAGGUUUAGAGAGGCAUUUGCAUUUACACAGUUUACACAAUUCUCACAACCUCAGCAAAGGUGAACCAAAAUGUCCUCCGAUGGAGACGAUUACGAUGUGCUCGUCUUUGGAUCGUGCAUAGUGGAUUUUAUAAGCUACGUGCCGCGUUUGCCCAAGGUCGGCGAAACCCUCCAUGGCACCCGGUUUGCGACGGGCAAUGGUGGCAAGGGCGCGAACCAGUGUGUGGCCGCCGCCCGGCUCGGCAGCCGUACCGCUUUCUUCGGCAAGCUGGGUGACGAUCCGUGGGGUGCGGCCUACCGCACUGCCCUGGCCGCGGAAGGUGUCAACGUGGAGCAGGUCGAUCUGCUGCCCGGCGAAAGCACCGGUAUCGCACAGAUCAACGUAGCCGACAAUGGGGACAAUCAGAUCGUCAUCGUGACCGGUGCGAACAAACGUCUCGCCCCGGUGGAUGCGUUCCGCCGGCCGGAACUUUUCGUGCGGGCGCGCGUGCUGGUGUGCCAGCUGGAGACACCGAUCGAUGGGACGAUCGCUGCCAUGCAAUCGUUCCGGGGCAUCUCGAUCCUGAAUGCGGCCCCGGCGGACACGAAUCUGCCCCGUGUGAUACUAUCCCUCCCGAGCAUAUUCUGCGUGAACGAAACGGAAGCCGCACUAAUAGCGGGCAUGCCGAGUGUGGCCGACGUUCAACAGGCGAAAGUGGCCACCCGCAAGCUGCAGACCAUGGGAUGCAAAACGGUCAUCGUAACGCUGGGCGAAAAGGGAGCCGUCUUUGCGCGAGCACUGGACGAUAAUGGCGACGGACAAGUGUACCACGUGAAGCCGCUGAAGGUGGACAAGGUCGUGGAUACAACGGGUGCUGGUGAUGCAUUUAUCGGUGCACUGGCGCAUUGCCUAGCGAACUAUCCCGAUGCAAAGUUGGGAAAUUGUAUUGCGGCCGCCAAUCGGGUGGCCGCAUGGUCCGUACAGAUCCCCGGCACACAGAGCAGCUUUCCGCGGGCGGAUGAGAUAGAGCUGCCGGCCGAUUUGGCCACCCUGCAGGACCAGUGGGGCUGUGUUUGAGCCAUACCCACCAUACCCACCCAGAGAGCGUGGUUUUCAUUACUUUUUGUGUCUCUUUAUUUGGGAUCGAUUUUUGUCAGCUAACAAGAGUUGAAAUAAAGUUUUGUUUAAAAUUA